AUGCGAAAUUAUAACCACUAUGCCGCUCAGGACCUCCCACUCCCAAAACCUGCCCCUCAUACAGCGCCCACCCUCACACCUUAUCUCGGUCUCCGCGCCCGACUUUCUCAAGUUUGGAUCAACCGAUGGACUAUUCUGUUGCUCCUCGUGCUUGCCCGCUCUCUGCUUGCUGUCCGCGAUUUAAAUAACGACAUUGGCUCUGCUCGUCGCGAAGCUCUCUCGGCGUGCACUGGCGUCGAGAGCAUGGGCAGCGCCAUGGCUUCCAUGCCUCAUUACAUGUCUCAGGGCGUGAAUGAGAUGGCCGCAAGUGGCGUCGAAAAGGCAGUACAUGGGCUCAUGUCUAUGCUGCUUUUGACAAUAACCGGGGUCGAAGAGCUUGUCGUCUUUUACAUCAACUAUCUUGUCGGGACGUACGAGUGUCUUAUCACGCUUGCGGCGCGAGGAGCUGUAGAUGUCGCACUUACCGUCGUUGAGGAUGCGGGGAAUGCGCUCAACAAGACUCUUCAUGCUUUAACAAAUGAUAUCAACAAAGGCAUCGACACUUUCGAGGACGCCUACAAUGAUUUGAAGAAGCAUCUGAGUGGCGUAUUCAGUAUCCCAACCCUCAAUAUCAGCUCAUCUCUGGAUGAGUUGAAUGGCGUUCAGCUUUCGGUUCCAUCCUCAAUGGAGAAUAGCCUAAAGCAACUCAACAGCUCGAUGCCCGACUUUGCCCAGGUUAAGAACUUUACAGACAAUGCGAUCCGAUUUCCCUUUGAAGAAGUCAAGAAACUGAUUGAUGGACAUCUCGGCAAUUUCACAUUUGACAGCUCUGUCCUGCCCAUCCCAGCCAAGGAGCAGAUGACCUUUUGCUCCGACAAUAACGGGAUCAACGACUUCUUUGAUAAUCUUCGCUCGAUCGCAAACCUGGCCCGGAAAGUGUUCAUCGGGGUCAUAAUCGUGCUCGCAAUCCUUGCCUGCGUUCCCAUGGCUUACCGCGAGAUUAGACGCUGGCGCACCAUGCAACGCCGUGCCCAGCUCCUCAGUCAAGAAGCUUUCGACCCCAUGGAUGUCGUCCAAAUUGCAAGUCGACCAAUCUCAAGCACCAUCGGUAUCCGCAUCGCGAGCAAGUUCUCAAGUACGCGCCGCCAAAUCCUCGUGCGCUGGUUUGUUGCCUACUGCACCACGACUCCAGCGCUGUUUGUCUUGUCUCUUGGCCUUGCUGGUCUCUUCGCUUGUCUCUGCCAAUACAGUCUUCUCAAAUCGGUGGAGAAAGAGGUUCCGGUCCUGGCGACCGAAGUCAGCGCAUUUGCCGACAAAAUCGUCUAUGCACUCAACAAUGCGUCGGAACAGUGGGCCAACGGAACAAACUCUGCCAUCAUCUCGACAAACAACGAUAUCAACCUCAAUGUCUUCGGUUGGGUCAACACUUCUACCAGCGCCAUCAAUGGUACGCUCAACACAUUUAUGACUGAAGUCAACAAUGUGCUCAACGUCACAUUUGGUGGCACACCCCUCGAAGCGCCCAUCAAAGGGAUUGUUUACUGCCUUCUUGGGAUGAAAGUCGAGGGAAUCCAAAAGGGACUUACAUGGGUGCAUAACAAUGCCCAUGUUGACUUUCCCUUGUUCCCCGACAAUGUCUUUUCCCUCGGCGCAUCGUCCUCAAUUGCCAACUCAUCAAACAACCCUUCGGAUUCUUUCCUUGCCAACACUGGCAGUACCGCGAGUGAUCAAGUCACCGAUGCUGUCGUGCGCAUGAUUCAGAAGAUUGAGGAAGGAGUCCGCACCGAGGCAAUCAUCUCGUCUUGCGUACUUUUGGUCUGGGUUAUUAUUGUUCUACUAGGAUUACUACGCACAGUCAUCCUCUUUUUCGGUCGAGACAAAACUCGAGCUGAAGGCGGGCCCGUGUACGCAGGUGCAUCUCCAGCCGGCCCAUCGGCGCCUAUUGCCAUGGCACCAAUGGCACAGACCAAUCUGCGUGGGACCAAUCUUCCUGGUAGCUCCGACAACUCUCUUGAAUCCCGCCAUCGUCCCGGUUCAUCCACCAUUCUUCGCCGUGAACUCAGCGACGAAAAGGUCGGAUACGCAGGACAACGCAAUGACGUCACCUAUGAAGACAACGCUCGAGGACAUGCUCGCGUCAGCAGUUACGGCGACGUAGCUAUUGUCGACGAGAAGAGAUAA